CACCCACAAAGAGAAGCGAGAUCGAGCGAAAAAGAGCAAUCAAAACAAACGAAGAAACGAUCUUGACACAAAUUCCAUAUAAAGUUCAUAACCCAAUAUUCUCGCCUCUCUUUUUUGAUUUGUUCUUGCGAUAAGAAUCUCAAAGAUCAGGUUUCAAAUCGACAAUGGCCUCAGUAGAACAACAAGUGCCUGCUGGGGUUACAGCUCCUACUGCUGAUGUUGUCGGGAAUGCUUUUGUAAAUCAAUACUAUCAUAUCUUACAUCAUUCCCCUGAGCUGGUUCACCGAUUUUACCAUGAUAGCAGCAAACUUGGUCGCCCUGAAGAAACUGGUGUCAUGCGUUUCACAACUAUGCAAGGAACAAAGGAAGGUCUUCAUCUGUUGGUGGGACUGGAUACAGAAAUGAGGGUGCAAGGGGGCGUGGAAACUAUGGCGGCGGCGGCGGCAGGGGAUAUAGCUGGGGAGAGUUUGGCAACAGGAGCAUCAAUAGAGGAUUUUCAAACCACCGUGGAGGUGAUGGAUAUCAGAGGGGUGAGCACAUGGGAGGUGGUGGCGGCCGUGUGAACUGCUCUGGUGAACCAACUUUCAAUGCAGCCUCAGCCAAGAAUGUGGCACCAAGGGUACUAUCUGCCCCUGCUUGAAAUAGGUCGACCAUUGAUCAGAAGAUAACAUCCAGUUUUCAGUGUAGUGAUUCAUCAAAUUGUUGCGUAGACUUUUAGAGGAAA